UCUCGCGUAGACUUAUCAACAGCGUCUGGGAAAUCAAGCUCCGGACUUUUUGUACAGCGUUUGGUGAUCCGUGUGUCCUUGGUGUGAGGUUUGAGGUGCAAACUGGUCUAGUGUGUAGGUGCAUAUAUUUUUGAAGGUUCGUGAUAAGGGCUCGAAGACCAUGGCCAAUCGAUCCAACCAGCGGGACCGCGAGUUCAACCGUGAUAAUAACAAUACUAGCAACAGCAAUAAUACUGGCAAUAACAAUCGCGAUAAUCGGGACUUUAAUCGAGAUGGUGGCGGCGGCAGUCGAGACAACAAUCGGGAUAAUCGUGACAAUCGCAAUAUCCGCGAUAGUCGUGGCAAUUUUCGUGACUUUCGCAAUCGUGACAACAGAGAUCGCGAUCGUCAGCGUCAAGUGCCCACGGAACCUCCUUUCAUCGCCUAUGUGGGCAAUCUGCCCAAGGGUCUCGUUCAGGGCGAUGUGAUGAAGAUCUUCUCGGACUUUGAGGUGAAGAAUGUGCGGCUAAUCAAGGAUCGAGAGACGGACGAAUUUAAGGGCUAUGGCUAUGUGGAGUUUGAGACAUUGGCUCAACUGAAGAGAGCUUUAUCCUGCAAUGGACGCAUCAAGUUGGAUAAUUUUUCAGCGCCUCUGCGCAUCGAUAUAGCUGAUCAUCGUCGACAGGCACCGGGUUCUAGCAGCAUGGGUGGUGCCGGAGGACCAGGUGGCUCCCAAGGUCAAGAAAGAGGAGGUGGUGGUGGAAGAGGAGGUGGUAACGGGAAUGGUAACGGCAAUGGAAAUCCCUACUACCAAAGACGCAACUAUCGGCGGGACGACAGCGUGGGAUCCCAUCAGUAUCGGAGGAGGGAAACGCGGAGCAGCAGCAACCACCAAAUGUCCAACAGUAGCCCCACCCAGAGCACAAUGUCCAUGAACUACAAUCGCACCACUCGCGGUGGUUAUAACAACAAUCGUGGUGGUGCAGGUGAUCGCGGUGGUGGAAAUGGUAAUGGCAACGGUAAUGGAAAUGGCAAUCGUUAUCAGGGAGGAGCUCCACGUCCCAAUUUCGAUGACCGCGAGGGCCAGCAGUCGUCCAGCAAUGGAGGAUUCCAGCACAACCGGAACUUUAACUUCAAUCGCACUUUCAACAACAGCACAGGCGGCGGCGGAGGAGGUGGUGUUGUAAGAAGUGGCAAUCCUCAAAGGACCUUCAACGGAAAUGGAGGAGGCGGCUUUGGGAAUGGUAAUCUAAAUGGAAACGGCAACUAUACGAAUUUUGUGCAGAAUCGCAACCGCGACCGCCGUGGUCACUACAAUCCAAAUAAUGCUGGGAACUCCGGAAGCUACAAUGGCAACACCAAUGGAAGUGGAAACUUUGGCAGGGAAAACAAGAGUCCUGAAGCAGGAGUCCCGGAAACAGGAUCAUCGGCCAUCGGUCCCUCCUCGAACAAUCAAUUCGGGGUACUCGACGAUGAUGAUCGACCCAAAUUGGUGCUAAAACCAAGGACAGUGACUGCGCCCAUAAACUCACUGGCUGAAACAAAACAGGCUGCUCUGAUUUUUGGAAAGGCCAAGCCCCGCGAUGAUAAUUCCACUCCGGUUUCCUCACCACGCCAGGACUUGGAAGAUGCCGAUGUGAGUGCCCUAAACACGGCCUUGGGUGCUUCAAAUACUUUCGGAGGACCUGCCCCCGGGGAUCCGGAUCCUGGCGUACGCGGCGACUAAAUUGCACAGUCCACUUUUAAAACUCAACCAUUCUGAGAUGGCAGGCUAGGAUCUCAGAAUGGCGCGAGUUCUUUCAAUAAACUUUUCACUAGGCACUUUAUAUUUUUAUUAAAUUUGUAACCAGUGAUUGUUUGGUCGUGCUGUUUUGCCUUUCAAAAUUUUGGACUGUAAUCGCAAGCCCUUGCAUUUAAUAUUGUAUUCAAAAUUAAUCUUAUUGUUGUAAAAGCCAAAACUUACGCUUUCAUUGGGCAUACAAAUAAAUUAUAAUUUAAAGAAA